CCUCCUCGUCUUCCCCCCCAUGUACAAAUUUUAAUAUUACAACCUUCAACCAUGCUCUCCGGGAUCCUCGUCUUCAACCAGAAAGGCGAAAACCUCAUCUUCCGCGCCUUCCGCAGUGAUUGUCGCCCGCGCCUGGCCGACAUCUUUCGCAUCCAGGUCAUCUCCAACCCGCAGGUGCGCUCGCCUAUCCUGACGCUGGGCUCGACCACCUUCAGCCAUGUCAAGCACGAGAAUAUCUACCUGGUCGCCGUGACCAAGAGCAAUGCCAAUGCCGCGCUGGUGUUUGAGUUCCUUUACCGGUUGAUUAUUCUGGGGAGGGGGUAUUUUGGAAAGUUCGAUGAGGAGGCUGUGAAGAAUAACUUUGUGUUGAUUUAUGAGUUGUUGGAUGAAAUCCUCGACUUCGGAUACCCCCAAAACACCGAAACCGACACCCUCAAAAUGUACAUCACCACCGAAGGCGUCAAAUCGGCCAUCGCCAACCACCCCACCGACUCCAGCCGCAUCACGAUGCAGGCGACCGGCGCGCUCUCCUGGCGCCGCUCCGACGUCAAAUACCGCAAGAACGAGGCCUUCGUGGACGUCAUCGAGGACGUGAACCUGCUCAUGUCGGCGACAGGAACGGUCCUCCGCGCGGAUGUCAACGGUCAGAUCGUCAUGCGGGCGUACCUCUCCGGCACGCCCGAGUGCAAGUUCGGGCUGAACGACCGCCUCCUCUUCGACACCGACGGGACCAGCGCGGGGCCCAGCAGCGGCGGCGGAGCGGUGAGCAACAACCGGGCGACGCGGGCGACACGGGCGGCAGCCGGGUCCGUCACGCUGGAGGACUGCCAGUUCCACCAGUGCGUGAAGCUGGGGCGGUUCGACGCCGACCGGAUCAUCUCGUUCGUGCCGCCGGACGGCGAGUUCGAGCUGAUGCGGUACCGGGCGACGGAGAACGUGAACCUGCCGUUCAAGGUGCACCCGAUCGUGCGGGAGAUCGGAACCACCAAAGUGGAGUACAGCGUGGCGAUUAAGGCGAACUACAGUUCCAAGCUGUUCGCGACGAACGUGGUGGUGCGGAUCCCGACGCCGCUCAACACGGCCAAGACGACGGAGCGCACGUCGCAGGGCCGCGCCAAGUACGAGCCCGAGCAUAACAAUAUCGUGUGGAAGAUCGCGCGCUUCUCCGGCGGCAGCGAGUACGUGCUCACGGCGGAGGCGACGCUCACGAGCAUGACGCACCAGAAGGCGUGGAGUCGCCCGCCGCUGAGUCUGUCGUUCAGCCUGCUCAUGUUCACGAGCAGUGGGUUACUGGUGCGGUAUCUCAAGGUGUUUGAGAAGAGCAACUACAGCAGUGUGAAGUGGGUUCGGUAUAUGACGCGAGCGGGGAGUUAUGAAAUUCGAUUUUAACCUCUCCACCCGGACCUACUCUUCCUCCCACCCCUCCCAUAACUAUCUCAUCGAAAUCACAUCACAUCACAUCACAUCACAUCUACCUAUCUCAGCGGGGCACGGUGUUUGGCGUUUGGUCUGCUUUUUCCUGAUAUCAACAUUAUUACCUUGACUAUGUGCAUUGCUGUAUCUAUAUCUGUCUGUCUGUAUAUUGGUGUGUGACUGCAUCUACAUACGU